GAGAGCGAAGCAGGAGCGGAUCAGACAAAUUUUCAGGUCUAAUUUAAGGUACGGUACAUAUGAGUCUAUCCAACCUGUACCUAUAUGUAUCAUAACAAAUGGAUAAAAUUUCCCAAUGAGCGCCUCACAUGUUUAGAGUCACCACGACAUAAAUCCCCUGGCUUUGAAAUCUCAUUACAGAAAAUCUAAUAACACAACAAAAGUGAGUUUGAUACAAUCAUUUGCUAACCAUAUCGAAUCUAGUGUUC